UAGAAAUCAAGGUUCUGCAACUUUUCAGUGGGGCACGGCCUACCCUCGCGGGACAGAGUGGGCCCAGCAGUGACUCUGUGCCAACUUAGCACCCCACGGCCGCGCUGCACAAGGGCUGUUAGGAUUUCCUUGCAGGCAGCUGGGCUCUUCGGGACCCCUCUCAGGGAACCAGUGAGCGGCGGGGGGCAGCACCGCGAUGCCCUUUGCAGCCGGCCACCCUCCUCCCUCCCCGCGGGCUUUUGCACACGACGCGGGCAGGCAGCUUCACACGGGGUGGCGAGGGCCGGGAUAAAGCAGGCUGGUGCGGGGCGCAGAGGCCGGGGCGCAAACGUGGAGCGCGGAGGCGCGGGGCUCCGGGGCGCGGAGCGGGAGAGGCUGGUGGUUGCGGGUCUAGGGCGUUUUCAGCGAGGCGGGGGCGCGCAGGGCGGCAUGGAGGCCACAGAGAAGCAGCACCUGUUGGACCCCAGGCGUGGAGCCGGGUCAUAUUUAGGAUCUCUGUGGCCCCAGCCUGGCCUGGACUUCCAGGCUGUUGAGCUGGCUGCCCAGAGCAACCAUUACUGCCAUGCCCAGAAGGAUCCAAGCAGUCACUGUGACCUGAAGAAGGAGCGGGCUCGUCGCCAGCUGUAUGUGGCCUCUGCCAUCUGCCUGGUGUUCAUGAUCGGGGAAGUUAUUGGUGGGUACCUGGCGCACAGCCUGGCCAUCAUGACCGAUGCAGCCCAUCUGCUUGCUGACUUUGCCAGCAUGAUCAUCAGCCUCUUCUCCCUCUGGAUGUCCUCCCGACCGGCCACCAAGACCAUGAACUUUGGCUGGCAGCGAGCUGAGAUCCUGGGAGCCCUGCUCUCUGUGCUGACCAUCUGGGUUGUGACCGGGGUGCUGGUGUACCUGGCUGUGGAGCGACUGGUCUCUGGGGACUAUGAGAUCAAAGGGGGCACCAUGCUUAUCACAUCGGGCUCUGCUGUGGCUGUGAACAUCAUAAUGGGGUUGAUCCUUUACCAGUCUGGCCACGGGCACAGCCAUGGCAGUGGGCACAGCCAUGAGGACACCAGCCAGCAGCAGGAGAACCCCAGCGUCAGAGCUGCUUUCAUCCAUGUGAUUGGGGACUUGUUGCAGAGCUUGGGUGUCCUGGUGGCAGCCUAUAUUUUAUACUUCAAGCCGGAGUAUAAGUAUGUGGACCCCAUCUGCACCUUCAUCUUCUCCAUCCUGGUCCUGGGGACAACCUUGACCAUCCUCAGAGAUGUGAUCCUGGUGCUGAUGGAAGGGACUCCCAAGGGCGUGGACUUCACUGCAGUGCGGGAUCUGCUGCUGUCAGUGGAGGGGGUGGAAGCCUUGCACAGCCUGCACAUCUGGGCUCUGACCGUGGCCCAGCCCGUGCUGUCUGUCCACAUUGCCAUUGCUCGGAAUGCAGAUGCCCAGGCUGUGCUGAAGGUGGCCAGCACCCACCUCCAGGGCAAGUUCCACUUCCACACUAUGACCAUCCAGAUUGAGAACUACUCCGAGGACAUGAAGGACUGUCAGGCAUGCCAAGACCCCUCAGACUAGCAGCCUGGCCAGCCACCAACUGAGGCACGACCAGGACCUGCAGGUGGCCAGACCAAGGGUCCUGCAGCCAGGACUCUGCAUACCCUCCACCGCUCUUUGCUCCAGGUUCAGUGUGGAGCUUUAUCCCUUACAGGAGUGGGGUUCUUCCUGGCCUCCCCCAUCUGCCCACAGCCAGCUCUGGGGUGAAGACUGGGCAGAUGUCAAGCCAGCGUGACUCCUCUUCUCCACCUUGGGGUCAGCUCCCCAUAGGGGUGUGUUUGGGUCUGGUCCCUAGCUGGUGUCACCCUGAGAUCCACAGUGGGAGUCAUUGAGGCAUAGCCUGGGGUGACAAGGAGGAGACUGGCCUAAAAGUUCCCCCACUGGCCUGCAUUUCCCACCUGAUUGCUCUGGAAUGGAGCCCCUCCCUCUGCCAAUAUGGUUUGAAGGGUCCCUGUACUCAACAUGAGUUGCCCUGAGAUGUGAAGCCGGGGCACCUGAGGUCUUCCUGUGGCUUAGUCACCUUGGCUGCGGGCCAAAUGCUUCCAUUUCCUGGAGGGGGAGACUUCUUACUAGGUGAGAACCUGGCUGGUUUCCUCAGUCCUUGUUACCACAGCCCAGGAAGCUGGGGCAACAUACAGAUACCUUUGACACAGUUUGGGGGGAAAGGUUGCAGCUGGGGUUCAGCCCAAACAACUUCACAGCCCCGGGGCCACAUCUCUCACCCUGAUAAUGUCCAGGGGAUUGCAGGGCCUGGAAUCAGACAUGAUUGACCUGGCUUGAUUGCCUACCUGGCCUGACUUAGUCAGAAUCUGGGCACAGAGGCCAUAGCCCAGGGGCUGACUAAGAGGGAAGAGCCUGGCUUCUGGGGUGAACACUGCUGAUUUAGGGACUGGUUUGUGUUUAUAAGAAGCAAGAGGGGAGAGCUGGCCCAUCUCAUGGAGGCAACAUACCCAGUUAUCAGAGAGCCUUGUGCCUAAUGUCUGUCUCACCUAAUGUCCAUUCUGCUGUUAUGAGCAAGUGUCCUUAGGACAGUUGGCCUCCCCAUUCUUAUCUGAAGACCAAGAAUGGGCCACCUACCUCACAGGGCUGUUGUGAGGACAGAACCAAAGACCUGGUCACUUGGCCAAGCACCUGGUGUUUGCUGGAGAGUGGUUCCUUUCAUUGUCAUCCUGGAAAGAGGAGAUCUCUGUGGCUUAAGGCUGUCAGGUGGGCUUCCAACCUGCCCAGGGCAGCACUGAGUCUGUCUUGACUCUGUCCUGGCUAUGGCAGGAGGAGGAGAGCCUGGUCACUUCCCUCCUUCUUUGAGCCUCUUCCUAAAUGAUCUUUUGUCUUUCCAGCUCGGUCACUGGUUUGCCUGUGAUCUAGAACAGGGGUCCUUUGGCCCCUCAAGGUUUGUGGGAUGUCAUUAGUGUUGGCCUGGAAGUGGCAGGGGCUAGGGAGGACAGCUGAUGCUUGUGCACACCACCAGCCUCAGGGAAUCGAAUGUCUGCCUUGCAAUCCCUGCAGGCCCCAGCAGCCUAUAUCUUGGGCUUCCCUAUGUGCCAAGUCCUUACACCCUUCCCAGGAGACAGUCAUUUGUUGUCCUCUUGUUCUUUUUUUUUUUUUUUUGGUACCAGGGAUCGAACUUGGGUCCUUGCACUUCCUUGGCAGGCGGCGGAACCAUUGAGCUAAAUCCCUGGCACCACACCAAUGUUCUUGACCCUGGGCCAGACUGCUUCCCUCCUACCUUCAUUUUCAGUCCCUCUGCACCUCCAGCAUUGGACAGCCCCCUGCCUCCCAAGGGACACCCACUCUGCCCAGCGGUGACAGUCUCCAGGGAGGACUGAGUCAUCCAGGGGCCAGAGGUCAAGCUGGAGGUGGGGAUGGGAGGUUUGCAGAGGCCUUAGGGACACCAUGUUCCAGAUGGCAACCUAGUCACGGGAGUUUCCAGAGCAGUGAAGGGUUCAAAGCAGGAAAACAUCCGACACCCUAGAUGGGCCUGGACCCUUCACCCCCACCCUCUAGUCACCCUGGCUCCUGGAGAGCCACGAGAGGGCCCCUCCCGGCCUGGUGGGUGCAGCUGCUGUAAGUGUAUUUAUAGCCUGAGCGUGAAGGGGCAAGAACACUCGUUUUAUUUCGGAAGUGAUAAUUCCAGUUCCAGGUGUACGAACCCAGGGGAACCAGCACUCCUCCCCCAUCCACCCUUGCCUACAGGGCACUGGGGACAGCCCUCCUCCUGCCCAGUCCUGGAAAUGGUUCCUUUUUACUGAGCUCCAAGAGUGCAACCCCAAGGGGCGUGGCUGUUCUUUUUUUUUUCAUUAAAUUUAUUGGUACAUUUUAGGUA